UCUUUCUUCACUGUUUCACCUCUCCUCCCCUUGAUCUCCCCAGAAUUCCAGAACUCCUGCCAUUCGGAUCUCCUUCAUGAUGGCGUCGACAUCCUCGACCUCAUGGCUAUCCUCCUUCUUGGCCUUCUGCGCCAUCCUGUGCCUCUCGGUGCCUGUUAACGCCCUCUACUUCUAUAUCGAUGGACGUCAACCCAAAUGCUUCUUCGAGGAGCUUCCCAAGGACACAUUAGUUGUCGGAACCUACUCCACUCAGGUCAUCAACCAACAGUCGAACACGUACUCCGUUGAUCCCAGCCUGAAGAUGCUCAUUACUGUCGACGAGACCUUCGACAACGACCACCGGGUUGUCUCCAAGCGCGAUGGCCACUCUGGUCGCUUCACCUUCUCCGCCGCUGAUGCCGGCCAGCACAGGAUUUGCGUGACCGCCGAGACGAGUGCCGCGACCGGUGGCUGGCUGUCGGGUGCCCCCGCGGGCGCUGUCAAGGUGACUCUGGACAUGGCCAUCGGAGAGACCAGCAAGAUCGAGACGGAAGACAAGGGCAAGAUCCAGGACAUCGUCCAGAAGGUGAAGGAUCUCAACGGUCGGUUGCAAGAUAUCCGGAGGGAGCAGGUGUUCCAGCGGGAACGUGAAGCCGAAUUCCGUGACCAGUCUGAAGCUACCAACUCCCGUGUUGUCCGGUGGACCCUGAUUCAAGUGGCUGUCCUGUCCGCUGCCUGCGCCUGGCAACUGUCUCACCUCCGCUCGUUCUUCAUCAAGCAGAAGCUGACAUAAGGGACAAGGGUAUGGAGAAAGGGAUAAGAGGGAAAAGAAGAUGCAGUUGUUGUCCGGCGUACCUUGUAUAUGGGGUUACAUUUGAGUUCAUUUCACCUUGAUCGUCUAUCUCUUUGGUUCAUCCGAAACAAA